UAUGCUCUGGCUCUAUGCCACCUAUACGCGUAAAUCGUAAACGUAGUAAAAUCGGCUUAACGAAAAUUGUCGGCGUGUAACUUUUUUAACAAUCUUCCUGCCUCUCACAUCUUCGUCGUGAUCAAUUUCUUAACAACUCAAAGUGUCGACAAUGGAUUAUUCAUAUUUCCUAAUAGUAUUUUUAUCUGUAGUCAAUUGCGAGUGGAAUACCAACGAUUACCUGAAGAGAGAACAUUCGCUUAUGAAGCCAUAUACGGGGUCAGGGCUCUCUAUGCCAUUCUGGGACUUUCUAGGUAGCACUGUGAUAAGUUCAAAUUACAUCAGGUUAACAUCAGAUUUGCAGAGUAAAAGUGGUGCCAUUUGGAAUAUAGUGCCUUGCAAAUCAAAGAAUUGGGAACUCCAAGUCCAGUUUAAGGUUCAUGGACAUGGCAAGGAUCUCUUUGGAGAUGGAUUAGCAUUUUGGUAUGCUCGUGAUAGAAUGGUUAAAGGUCCUGUCUUUGGAUCCAAGGAUUACUUUUAUGGACUUGCCAUCAUUUUGGAUACAUACAGCAAUCACAAUGGCCCUCAUAAUCAUGCACAUCCUUAUAUUUCUGCAAUGGUUAAUAAUGGAACUCUCUAUUAUGACCAUGAUAGAGAUGGGACACACACUCAGUUAGCUGGUUGUGAAGCAAGGUUUAGAAAUGUAGAACAUGAAACAUAUUUAGCAGUUCGCUACGAAAAUGAUAAACUCUCAGUUUCAACGGACAUUGAUAAUAAAGCUGGCUGGAAGCCGUGCUUUACAGUGGAAGGUGUCCGAUUACCGACAGGAUACUAUUUCGGUAUGUCGGCAACAACUGGAGAUCUGUCCGAUAACCACGACAUUAUUGCGGUAAAAUUAUACGAGCUCGACGAUUCUUCGACGGACGCUACCGCUGAAGAUCGUUCAAAUAUUAUGCCGGCUGCUCAGUCGUUCGAACCUCCAAGAGAACACGUCGAUGACCCGAAGCCGUCUUCCAUGGGAGGUGUUAAACUCUUUUUGUUUAUGCUUCUUGGUGUUUUAGGAGUAUUUGCUUGCAUAGUCGUGGGAAUAAUUUUCUAUCAGAGACAACAGGAAAAGUCAAGGAAGAGGUUUUACUAGGUUAACACAUCUCCUAAUGUUGAAAUCAUUAUUUUUGUGCUUUAAAGUGUUGGUUUUUGUGUGCUCAAGAUAUUGACAAAUAAAUUGAAAGGGUGUGAGUUAA